AUGGCGGAGCUGCGCGAGCGAUUGUGGCGCCCCGCCGCGCAGCGGAAUGUGAGGAACGUCUGGUCUUCGAUUGCGGCGGCGCGAUCGUCGUGGUCGGCGGCUUCCAGCAAGGGCCUCUCGGCAGCCACUGGAUUCGUCAAUGCUUUCCUCACGCAGGGAUAUUUGGUGUCCAUGGAUUUGGGAGUGCUGGAAGACAUGCCUGGCCUGCGAUCGGCAUCGAGCGAGAAGCUCCUGUGCCAGCAGAGAUCAAACUGCCAGGAGCUCGUCUCGGCGUACCAAGAGCUGGAAGAUGCCACUUCCAGGUUGAUUUAUGCGGCCAAGUCCAUGAGAACCUACGUGAAGGAUUCUGGAAGCGUAGCUACAUUCUCGCAAGAGAAAGCUUUCGACGGUGACAAUGGCGAUGGCGAUGGAGCUCCCGUGUUCUCAAUGCUCACUAUCAAAUGCUACGAAGAUUUAGCAACGGAGAUCACUGCCAUGUACCUUAGAGAACUAAAGAUCAAGUGGCGCAUUGCUUCCAAGCUCUUGGGUUUCCAGGACAAUGAAGUUCUCUCCACAGAGAAUCUGAGAGCUCUUCAUUGCUUGAUGUUCUGCGAGCACGAGUUAUCGAUAGCUGGACACUGCACAAACCACGAUUUACCAAGCUCAGCUCUUGACCUUCCCGGAACCAAACUCGAAAGAGAAGCUCUAGAGGUGUGUUUAACUUCUUGGCUUGCCGAGGCUCAAGUCGAGAAAAACAGGGUCGAAGAAAUGCUGGCUAUCGUGAAUGACGAGAUGUCCAAGGAUAAAAGAUGAGUACAAGGUACUCGGACCUUCCUUCAAGCUUAAAAGACCGCCUAUUCUUUGAUUGUGGCGCAGAGAUGAGCGCCGUCGAAAAUGUGGAGCAACGUGUUUAUGGUUCUCUGGCAGAUCGUCGCCACUCUCUUGUCAAUGCGCCAACGCCACCACCAUCCAAUAAGCCGCUGCUUCCUGUGCGUUCACAAUCCAGGUACCGAUGAGUCUACAACACUGUGUAGGAAGAAAGCUUGCUUUUGCUCCCAAUGUCUCGAGCAACCAAACGAGCUCUCUCCGUCCUCUGGCGAAUUCGACGAUGGCCUUGAGACGAUCCCGUCCUCAUCCUGCUUUCCAGCCGGUUCCAAGUCCCGGAGAAGAGCGAUCAAGCUCGUCACCAAGCGCUGCGUCAACUGUUUGAUGGGUUACUCGGCCGACUGUCUAGCAUUGUGCUGCUGUCCGCUCUCGAUCCCACACUUUCUCUUCGUCACGCUUCCCGUGCUACUCUACCGCCGGAUCUGCAAGCUUACAACGAAAGCCAAGUCGGUGUCAGCGUACCAGAGGCUGGGCAUCAAUCCCGACGAGCUCAGGAAACCCAAGGACUCACUACUCAAGGAGGACGAGAUCCCUUUCACUGGUUUUGGAGGCGAAUACUGGAAAGAGAAUUUCGAAUCUUAAGAAACGCAUAAAGAAUAUUGUCUUUAAACUUGAAGUUUCAAAAUAGUUAAUCAAAAUAUAUCUCAAAUACAAAUUUUAUCCCCA